AUGACCGAGGAACCUAUGCAAGAUGUGAGUGCAUCGGAAUCAAAAACCGCUUCGGAAGAAUCAAUUUUAAGAAUACUAUGAAUGAGACGGAGCCGGCGAAAGUGUUCGACUAUGCGAAAAUCGUGGCCGACGCGCUGACGCACUCGUUCGACUACACGGACACGCGCGGUCGUGCGCCGCCGAUUCAGCUCAAAAAGAAGAGCGCCGAGGAGUUGAUGGCGCAAGCGGAAGCUGAAUCGGACAACGACGGCGACGACGACGACGCCGGAAUAGUCGAGGUGCACGAAUCGAUUGGAGAGCGCUCGAUCAGAACGCUGGUGGGCGAGAAAUUUGAAACUAUUCGAUUCUUCUGUUUUUUUUUCCAGACAAACGUUCCAAUGAUUCACGCGUUCAACAUGGCCGAGGCGCGUCUCGAAAUCGAAGCAGCUGCCGCUGCGGCGAAGAAAAACGGAUGA